AUGGCCGACUACAAUUCUUUGUACCAACACGGUCUUUACCUUUCGCCUGACCAGCAGGACCUCCUCUUAGCCGCUCUUUCGUCGAAUAAUCCGCCCUCGAAGCAGAAACAAAACGUUCAGAAGCCGGAGCUUGGUACGAAUCCGACCAAUACUCCAGGUCAAGCUUCCACGGGAAGCUUCAAUACCUCUCCUGCAUUCGACGGUUCCCAUCAGUUCGAUAAUCUUAACUAUGAUGAGAGCCCUUUUCUUGACUUCAACCCCGAACUAGAAUGGGACUUUCCCGGAUCCGAGAACCUGAUUGGCGAACUACCUGGGAGUGCAACAUCAGACGAUCACGAGGUCGGUGAGAAACGCAAGGAUUCAAACAGCAAUGGCGAGGUGAACGGAAAGAAAAGGAGGGAGAGUGAUGACAAGAGUGAUGAUAAAACGUCGAAGAAGCCAGGAAGAAAGCCCCUGACGUCAGAGCCUACUUCGAAACGCAAGGCACAGAAUCGUGCUGCGCAGAGAGCAUUCCGUGAGCGUAAGGAGAAACAUUUGAAGGAUCUGGAAGCGAAAGUGGAGGAACUACAGAAGGCAUCUGACAGUGCCAACCAAGAAAAUGGCCUCCUCAAAGCUCAGGUAGAGCGUCUGCAAGUUGAACUUCGUGAGUACCGCAAGCGCCUUUCCUGGGUGACACAAGGGAACGCGCUCUCGGCUAUCAACUCAUAUCCAGGCAAUGCCAACCGCAUGUCUGGACUCAAUAAUAACGAUUUCAUGUUCGAUUUCCCGAAGUUUGGGGAUCUCCCUGGCGGCCGUAUUUUCAAUGGUUCAGUGGCCAAGACCAAUCAAAACAAGAAAGACGACACCCCCAUACCCGGCAUCUUACGACAUUCUGCCCUACAGGCGGCUAACGGCAGGGCUUCAAGUUCCGCUUCACCCAAGACGGUCACAUCGAACAACCCUGCCACAAAGUCUCCCGUUACUGCAGAUGGUCGUUUGACAAGCCACACUUCAAGCGUCUACAACUAUCAUCAACCAGGACAAGGGCACGAUACAUCAACUUCUGAUUCCCCCUCCUCCUCGUCAGACUCACACCAGUUCCUCUCAUCCAGUGGUACCUCGCCAGAGCCCAGUGUGCAAUCUCCGGACAAUCAGGCCAAGGAAUCCCACGAGGGGCACACUUGUACCAUCGACGGAGAAAAGUCUUUCUGUGCGCAAUUGGGCAUGGCAUGCGGUAACAUCAACAAUCCUAUUCCAGCUGUGAGGCAACGGAGUGAGAGUGCUACAAACACACCCAAUGCACCAUCUAGUACAGAUAAUGUUCCUGGGAUCGACUUCAUGGCUCAGCAGAAUGGCGGCCAGUUCGACCCGCUGCUAUUUGGAGACUGGCGAGAACCGCAAGAUGCCGUUCUGUCGCAGGAUUUUAACACGUUCUUUGACGACGCGUUCCCGUUGCCCGAUCUUGGUAGUCCGUCACAUAAUCUUACAGAAGUUGGCCUUGGCGCGCAACAGAAGAAGAGCAUACUUGAGGAAAUGGAUAACAAGGAGGAGGAAGAGGUUGUGCCCGGUGAGGACAAGGCUCAAAUGUUAUCUUGCACUAAGAUAUGGGACCGUUUGCAAUCUAUGGAGAAGUUCCGCAACGGUGAAAUCGACGUUGACAAUCUGUGUUCAGAACUGCGCACGAAGGCUCGGUGUUCGGAAGGUGGUGUCGUCGUUAACCAGAGGGAUGUGGAUGACAUCAUUGGCCGCGUGUAGUCGAUUGUUCAAUUCGAUUCGCUUGACCAACAACUAUGGAAUAUCUACUUCUCACACGCUACGGAUACCCACGAUAUGAUACCUCGACGAAUACUUGGAGUAAAGGAUACGAGCGGGUUUAUAGCUAUGUCGUUUUUACUUGGGACACACAACAAUUGCAGCUUGAGCCGGUGCUGAAUAAUGAAUUACGGAUGUUUUCUUUCUCUAUUGUUACCCUUUCUUGAUUUUAGGCGAAUGGGCGGUGGAUUGACGCGCAAUAAACUGGAGGUCUGUACACCAUCGAAGCUUGACUUAUUUGGUUUAUGCCAUGUUGCAGGUGGAACAUAUUGUCCGUCACCUUUGGACUUCCUUCGGCGAACACGUACAUGUGAGUACUGGAAAACCGGACAGCAGAAAACAGGCGCUCGCGUUCGUUCACACCGCAACUAUUGGCGGGGAGUUACGAGACUUUGGUGUGGUGCAUAUGGUAUAGUCUGGUCUUAGUCUGUCUUUGAUUGUAAUUCGCUUACUACUCGCCACUUGCCUAUAUAUGACAUUGUCUUUCGUAC